CAGAGACAAAAGUCUGGAAAGAGCAAUGACGUUAAAAACUAAGUUGUAUUUAUAGCCUGACCUGACCUAAACGCUGGGAAAAAUAACUUUUGAAGGACGAAAACAAUCGAAGACAAGACAAAGCAAAUGAAAUAGCAACGAAAGGAAAAUGUACAAGAAAUAUCAUUAGAAAUUGUAAAUUAUUUAUUUGAAAAAAAGUGAAUCUUUUAUAUUUGCUGAGAUGGAAAACAAUUUACCCGAGAAUGAAGUGGGGUUGCCGUUCUAUGAGGACGUGGAAUUACAUAACAUGAAACCUGUUGAUGGUAAUAAUUUGGAGACGGACAAUAAUUCGAAGGAAAUUUAUGAGAGAGACAAAUUAUUUGCCGAUGCUCAUCAUGAACAAGAACAACAGCAAACGUUAAUGAAUACUGAUGAGAAAUCAAUGAAAGCAGACGACACAAAUGGAGAAAAAAAUACAUGUUGUUUCAUAUGGAAGUAUGUCACGUUUAAUCGGGGAUUAAACAUUGCAACGCUCACAUUUUUAGGGUCUCUUACCAAUUCUUUGACAAAUGCAGUAGCCCCUUAUAUUACAUCGCAAGUAAGCUCUUUAGAGAAACAAUUCGGAUUAUCCAGCGCUGAAUUUGGAUUUAUUAAUAGUUCCAAUGAUAUUGGUUAUUUGCUUGUCAUUCUUGCAGCUAGCCAUUUCGCAAAAGAUGCACAUCUACCCAAACUGUUCUCUGUCUUAACAUUAUUUGUCGGUGUCACUGUCGGCUGCAUGAGCUUAACUUACCUCUUACGUCCAAUCAGUUAUUUAGAACUGUUGGAAAAUUCAGCUUCACUGAACGGCACCUUUGGAAAUAAUUCUGUAAACGUUACAGCGGCAACGUCAAACAUAUACCUGUGUUCUGAUGGCAAGUCACGUAUUGUUGAAGAGGCGAACUGUGCGAGUGAUCAGGUAAAGAGUCGCACAUUAUAUGUCUGGUUUGUCUUCUCCAUGAUAAUACUCGGAGUAUGUAAAGGUCCAACGUCAUCCCUGUUACCAACCUAUAUUGAUAAUAAUGUGCCAAAAAAACAUCAUUCUAGUUUUUUUAUCGAUAUCCAUUCCGCAAACAUCUCCACGACUCAGGUCCAGCCAGCUUCUGUGUUUCUUAUGAAAACACUCUGUGCAACGGCUUCUCUUCCCAUAAUGCCAGCUUCUCAUUAA